CGGAGCUCACGUUUGUCACAGAAACCUACAGCGCGAAGUAACACCGCCCACUUCGGAUACCCUGGGAUACAAUGCAUGCACUCCUUGUUGUAGCUAGCCGGUAGCAUUAGCUCGGCAACGUUAUAUUUACGAGCAGGCAGGAUGGAAAACAGCGAAGGCAUGGAGGUGGAUGGCUGGGACCCCAGUCUGGAGGAAGAGCUGGGCAUUUCUCUGGAAGAGCUGAGGAAGUGGAUCGAAGAUGCUGUGGAGAAGAGCGAGAUUGUGCAGAAGAAAAAGGCUCAGCUAACGGAGCUCAAGCAAUGGGUGGAGCAGAAAGAAGAAGAGGAGGCCAAGACGGAGAUGCUUCUCAAUGAUGCCAACCAGUCCAUAUUGGAGUGUGAGAAACUGGUGAAGGCAACUUACCACAGGAACGGUCUUGUUUACCGUGAGAGCAGCUCAGAGGAUGAGGGGGUCGGAGGAGGUGUGUUGUCCUCUGAGGUCAUUGAGAUAGAUGACGAUGAAGAUGAUGAUGUCAUCGCUGUCGGCUGUUUGGUUCCUCCGAAGAAGCACGUCGCUCUUGGCAAAGAUCAAGUGGUAAAAGAGGCCAGUGCGGCUCUGCAGAAAACCUCCCAUCAGGUGCAGAAGUUGGCCCAAAUGGUCAACAAGCAUUCAACAAUUACUUCAUUGCUCCGAUCUCCUUUACAGCCUUCGUCCCAGUCAGGUAUUCAGGGUUCGGUUCCGGCAGUGUUUGUAUCCCAGAUUCAAUCUCAGUCCAUGACCCAGCCGAACCCCAACAUGCCCGAAGAUGAGCUCAGAGUCGGGAUGAGCAUUCUAGGAAAGAAACGCACCAAGACCUGGCACAGAGGCACUCUUGUUGCUAUCAGCCCUGUUGGAAACGGUGUAUCCAAGUAUAAAGUUAAGUUUGAUAAAGGAAAGAGUCUGCUGUCUGGAAAUCACAUUGCUUUCGACUAUAACCCCACCCUGGAGAUUCUGUAUGUCGGGGCUCGUGUAGUCGCCAAGUACAAGGACGGCAAUCUGGUGUGGCUCUAUGCUGGAAUAGUAGCAGAGAUGCCCAACAACAAGAACCGUAUGAGGUUUUUGAUUUUCUUUGAUGACGGUUAUGCUUCAUAUGUAACACUACCUGAGCUCUAUCCAGUUUGCCGGCCAUUAAGGCGUACAUGGGAGGACAUAGAGGAUGCAUCGUGUCGAGACUUCAUCGAGGAGUACAUCACUGCCUACCCCAGCAGGCCUAUGGUGCUCCUAAAGGUUGGCCAGAUUAUCAAGACUGAGUGGGAGGGAACCUGGUGGAAGAGCAAAGUGGAAGAAGUGGAUGGAAGCUUGGUCAAGAUCCUCUUUUUGGAUGAUAAGAGGAGUGAGUGGAUCUAUAGAGGCUCCACCAGGUUGGAGCCAAUGUUCAACCUGAAGAUGACCACCGCUAAUAAUCAGGAGAAGAAGCUGGCUGGCCAGCAGAGGACACGACCUAACAUGGGGGCACUGAGGAGUAAAGGUCCGGUUGUUCAGUACACCAGUGAUGGACACGUUGGAGCCUCUCCGGUCAAAGCACUGCAGGCCUCGCCCGGCCAGCCUUCACAGACACCACAACAUCCACAGCGUCUUCAGCCCCCGCAGACCCAACAAAUGUCUCAGUCUCCUCAGACAGCACAGCCUGCACAAUCCCCACAACCUCUACGUGCUGACAGUAAACAUCAGAUGGCAAAGAAGAGUACUUCUCCGUUUGUCCCUGGGGUGGGAGGCACUCAUUUGUCCAAAGUCACGCAGUCUCUUUCGCCCAGUCCCACUAACCUCUCCAGUGGUGGAAGAAUCUUGAAUGCCCAAAACACUGUUGCGCCGCCUUUCACACAGUCGUUCCAGAGACAGCUGCCCUCUCUGGCUCCUGCGCCCCCUGCCAUCGCCCACGCGGUGGCCACCAUCCCACAUCAGGCCGCGUACCGUGCCCCGACGGACCGCAUCUUCUACAUGGCACACACUUGUCAGCCUGCCUGUCUGAAUCGUGUACGGCCUGCGAAAUCAGACAUGCACAGAGGAAAGAACCCGCUUCUCACACCUUUACUCUACGAUUUCCGACGAAUGACAGGACGACGCAAAGUCAACCGCAAGAUGUCCUUUCAUGUAAUCUACAAGGCUCCAUGUGGGCUUUGCCUGCGAAACAUGGCAGAGAUCCAGAACUACCUCUUCCAGACGCGCUGUGACUUUAUAUUCUUAGAGAUGUUCUGUCUGGACCCUUACGUGCUUGUGGACCGGCCUUUCCAGCCACAGAAGCCUUUCUACUACAUUCCUGACAUCACUGGUGGAAAGGAGGACAUCCCACUCUCCUGCGUCAAUGAGAUCGAUUCCACCCCACCUCCUAAAGUAGCUUACAGUAAAGAACGUAUACCUGAAGAUGGAGUAUUCAUCAACACCAGUUCAGACUUUCUGGUUGGGUGUGAAUGCACUGACGGCUGUCGAGACAAAUCCAAAUGCUCUUGCCAUCAGUUGACCCUUCAGGCUACAGGUUGUACACCAGGGGGACAGAUUAACCCGAACGCGGGAUAUUUGCACAAACGAUUAGAGGAGUGCCUCCCCACAGGGAUCUACGAGUGUAAUAAACGGUGCAAAUGCUGUUCUCAGAUGUGCACCAACCGGUUGGUGCAGCACGGCCUGCAGGUGCGUCUCCAGCUCUUCAAGACCCAGAACAAAGGCUGGGGCAUCCGCUGUCUGGAUGACGUGGCCAAGGGCUCUUUUGUCUGCAUAUAUGCUGGUAAAAUCUUAACAGACGACUUUGCUGAUAAAGAAGGUCUAGAGAUGGGCGAUGAGUAUUUCGCUAACCUGGACCAUAUAGAGAGUGUGGAGAACUUCAAGGAAGGCUAUGAGAGUGAGGCUCACUGUUCGGACAGUGAGGGGAGUGGUGUUGACAUGUCGAGGAUAAAAAUCCAACCGUCUGCUUUAGUAUCAUCUAACUUUGCUGGACGACUGCCUAAGAAGGCCGAUAGUCCAAGCUCAUCGGAGGACAGCAAUGACGACGAUGAUAAGGAUUCAAAAAGUGAAGAUGAAAGUGACAGUUCAGACGACACGUUUGUGAAGGACAACUACUACAGCUCCAGCUCUGUGUGGAGGAGUUACACCACACGGGGUCAGGUCAAGGGGAACAAGGAAGGGAGUCAAGAUAGUAAAGACGGAUUGAAUACGUCAACCAAAGGAACUGAUGAUGAGAAGCCACCGUCCAUGCCAGAGGAGACAGGAAAAAGCAAAGUAGCUUCCUGGCUUACUAGCCAGGGGCUGAAGAAGGAGUCUGGAGACAGCAAGAGUCAAGUGAAAUCAGAAACAGGAAAGAAGCAGGAUGUGAUGACUCUCUCCGAUAGUGAUGAUGUUCAGACCAUCAGCUCUGGAUCUGAUGACAACAAAGAGAAAGAGAAAGUCACUUCUGGCGUGACAAAGAAGCAGGUAGCGGUAAAAUCUACUCGAGGCAUCGCCCUGAAGACCAGCCACGGGAUGAUGGUGAAAACAGGUGCACCUGGAGGCGGGGGAGGUCAGGGGGGCAAGACGGGACCACAGGGACAGCCUGGAGGAGGUGGGGAGAACGCUCCCAAAAACACUCGCUUGUUCUUUGACGGUGAGGAGUCCUGCUACAUCAUCGAUGCCAAGUUGGAAGGAAACCUUGGACGGUACCUCAAUCACAGCUGCAGUCCUAACCUUUUCGUCCAAAAUGUGUUUGUGGACACACAUGACUUGCGGUUUCCCUGGGUGGCGUUCUUUGCCAGCAAACGGAUCCGGGCUGGCACAGAGCUGACCUGGGACUACAACUAUGAGGUGGGCAGCGUGGAGGGGAAGGUGCUGCUCUGCUGCUGUGGAUCCACUGAGUGCAGAGGAAGACUGUUGUGAUGGGCAGCCAUUUCACUCCCUCUGCUGUCUCUGUAGGAAACUUACAGGAGCCCUGUCAACACUGUAACCUUGUAUUUUUUUUUUGUUUUUUGUUUUUUGUUUUUUUUUUAAUUGAACAUGAAUUUUAUUACAGUUGUUUUGUUGCCUUUAUUUUAUACGUUUCCUGAUUUGUCUGAUUUUAUCCAUUACGUCUCUUUACAUCUGAAUAAAACGCAGUAUUCUUCAGUGA